UGUUACUUAAUAAAUUAUUGAAUAUUAAAACUUAGGAUAUAAAAUUAGUCAAGAUUUCAGUUCAUUAACAGAAAUCCUUGGAUUAUUCGUGAACUGAGCUUUUCGAUAAAGAUAGUAGUAAAGAGGAAUAAUGAAUAUCUAUAAUAAGAAUGGAAAAAAAGCGCGUGGAAAACGACAAAUGCGCGUUGUGGCUGAGCGUCCGCAAUUACCACCAAAGCGGAGAAUCACUCGCAGGACUGGAAGUCAGCCGAACCCGCCGUUGCCGCCAGAGCUUCCAGUAUUGCCGCCAUUGCCUCCAGGACCUCUAGCUAAUCCACCAGGACUUCCAGCUGAUCCAUCAGGACCUCCAGCUAAUCCGCCAGGACCUACAGCUGGUCCGCUAGGACCUCCAGCUAAUCCGCCAGGACCUCUAGCAAAUCAACCAGGACUUCCAGCUGAUCUACCAGGACCUCCAGCUAAUCCGCCAGGACCUCCAGCUAAUCCGCCAGGACCUCUAGCAAAUCAACCAGGACUUCCAGCUGAUCUACCAGGACCUCCAGCUAAUCCGCCAGGACCUACAGCUGGUCCGCCAGGACCUCCAGCUAAUCCGCCAGGACCUCUAGCAAAUCAACCAGGACUUCCAGCUGAUCUACCAGGACCUCCAGCUAAUCCGCCAGGACCUCCAGCUAAUCCGCCAGGACCUAUAGGUGAUCCACCAGGACCUCCAGUUAAUCCGCCAGGACCUCUUGCUGAUCCACUAGUACCUGUGCAACCUCCAGCUAAUCCGCCAGGACCGCCAGCUGAUCCGCCAGGACCUCCAGCUGAUCCGCCAGGACUUCCAGCUGAUUCGAUGUUACCUCUUGGACCUCCAAAUAAUGCACCAUCACAUCAACAAGUUCCUACUGAUCGACAGUCACCACAAGGAGCUGCAGUCAACCAAAGGUUACUGCAAAGACCUCCGCAAAAUCCGCUGCGACCGCAAGGUUUUUCAAAUCCAAGGUUGCCGCAAGGUCCUCGUUCGAACGAUUUAGGUGCAGUAGGUUUAUCAAACCGGUCUAUGAAGGCAAUUAGACGGUUCAAUCAAAACUAUGAGAGAUUUAAAGCUGAACAAGGACAAAAAAUGCUAGACAAUGAGCAACCCUCACGAUCAGUUUCGAUACGUCAUGAUAGUUCUACUGAAUGUCGACACCACUGCACACUUCCUCCGCCUCCUUCACUGUCGCCAAUGCCACCACUGAGUUCUGGGGAACAUCCCUCUCAGUACCCUGCUUUCCCUCAAUAUGGUCAAGUUCCCCAUCAUACUAUGCCUCCAGUUCAUCAACAUCCAGCCCCUCAGUACUUUAUACCUUCAACCUCUCAAUAUCAUAUGCCCCCAGUCCCUCAAUACUCCAUGCCUUCUAACUCUCAAUAUUCUAUGCCUUUAGUUCCCCAGUACUCUAUGCCUUUAACCCCUCAGUACUUUAUGCCUCCAGCCCCUCCGUACUCUAUGCCUUCAGUUCCCCAGUAUCCGCCACCACAAACUCCUCAAAAUUCAAUGCCGCAUCACUACCCAUAUUCUUUUCCCGCUCCAUACUAUCCGCCUCGUUUUUAAUGACUGAUUACACAGAAGAAAGUAUAAUUAUCAUGAUUAUUAAUAUUAUUAUUAUAAAGAUUUUAA